GACAUCCUACACUGACAAAGGACCAAAGCCAGAGGCAGGAAAAUUCCUGUGCUUCGACCAUGUCACAUUCUGGGUUGGAAAUGCUAAACAGGCUGCUGCCCAUUAUUGUGCACGUCUUGGCUUUGAACCAUUUGCCUACCAGGGCUUGGAGACUGGCUGCAGAGAUGUAGCAUCACAUGUUGUCAAACAGAACAAGAUCAUCUACAUAUUCAAGUCCCAGCUUGAGCCUAACAAGCCAAAAGCAAUGUGUGACCACUUGACGAAGCAUGGAGAUGGCGUGAAAGAUGUUGCAUUUGCAGUGGAAGAUCUAGAUGCCAUUGUCAAGAAAGCGGAAGAUAAGGGUGCCACUGUAUUGCGUGCCCCUUGGGAGGAAAGUGAUGAGUCAGGCACUGUAAGGUUUGCUAUGGUCCAAACCUAUGGAGAUACGACCCAUACCUUUGUAGACAGGUCAAAAUAUAAUGGACUUUUCCUGCCUGGUUACAAGGAGCCCAAGUUUGGAGACCCCUUAGUACAAACGCUGCCUAAGGUUGGUUUGAACUUCAUAGAUCAUCUUGUAGGAAACCAACCACUUGAGGAAAUGGAGCCUGCCGCAAGUUGGUAUGAGAAGAAUUUGAUGUUCCAUCGUUUUUGGUCAGUGGACGACACCCAGAUUCACACGGACUAUUCCGCCCUUAAGUCCAUCGUCGUGACAAACUAUGAGGAGACCAUUAAGAUGCCAAUCAAUGAACCAGCUGUCAACACAAAAAGAGCCAAAAGUCAGAUUCAGGAGUAUGUCGACUACUAUGGCGGAGCUGGAGUUCAACACAUUGCAAUGAACACUGAUGAUAUCAUCACUACGAUUAGCAACUUGCGUGCGAGAGGACAAGUCUUCCUUGAUAUCCCUGACAGGUACUAUACGAACCUCAAAGAGAGGCUCAAGUCAUCAAAGGUUAAUGUCAAGCAGGAUCUAGCGGUACUCCAGAAGUUGAAAAUCCUUGUUGAUUUUGACGAUGAUGGCUACUUGCUCCAAAUCUUCACCAAGAAUAUGCAGGAUCGCCCCACUCUCUUCCUGGAAGUCAUCGAGAGACAUAACCAUAGUGGUUUUGGAGCUGGCAACUUCAAAUCUCUCUUCGAGUGUAUAGAAGCAGAUCAACACGAGAGAGGAAACCUGCUGAUAGAGCAAGAAAAUGGCAAAGAGUAGAGAGACCUGCCACAGAGAGGAAACCAGAUGCAGGCAUUAUGAGAAUGGUAAAAGAGAGACUAUCCUCCAUGACCAGAUAUAACUGGUAGUGUUCAGGACUUUUUCGGAAUUAUUUGCAUCAAUUAAAAGGAGGGUAUGAGUAAUGUAAACAAGCACAGAACAUGAAUAUCAGAGAACUCAGAUAAGUAGCUAUAGAUAAGUUUAGAUAAGAUGUUGAACUUUAACUGCAGCAAAAUGUCCACAAGUCAAGCUUUUAUUUUUUGAUAAGCAUAUUCAAUAAAACCCGUGAACACAAGAACUGUCAGAUAUAAUCUGUUGGACCCAAAGUAGAGCUAAAAUGGUAGUUUUGUUGCAGUAAAAUAUCUGUGCAUGUUUAUGUUACUUGUUGUAUAUGUAAUAUGUAAGACAAUAUAUGUAAGACAGUAUUUAGUAUUAUGUGAGACAAUAUUAUACAGUGGUUUCAGGUUUUGACUAAAGAUCUAACGACCAAAGAUAUUAAAAAUGUAAUGAAAAAAUCUCUUUUAAAUAUGUCCAAAGAUAUGUUUAAAUAUGCAUAUUAUCUGAUGGCAGCUAUUGGUCGUAUAUUAAAAUAUUCAGGAUUUUGAGAUACAGUAAAAUCUGUGUAAGUGGAACAGCUUUUGUACUUCAAAAUAGUGUUCC